AUGUCAGCAUCAUCACCUCCAAAAAAGACCAAGGUUUUAUUUGUUUGUUUAGGAAAUAUUUGCAGAAGCCCACUUGGUGAAAUUAUAUUAAGGGCUAUGGCCUUUGAUAGAAAGCAAUUAGAUUUAUUUGAAAUCGAUAGCUGUGGUACAUCAGCAUACCACAUUGGUGAAACACCUGAUCAUAGAAGUGUCGAAGUUUCACAUUUAAAUAUUUCAAAAUCAAUUUCAGAAGAAGCCUAUCAACAUUUCAAAUCUAUUCCUUUACAUAAAGCAAGACAACUUUGCAUUGAAGAUUUUUCAAAAUAUGACUAUAUUUUUGCAAUGGACGAUUCAAAUUUAAAUAAUAUCAAGAGUUUAAAAGGUCAUCGUUCAAGUAAUGCUGUUAUUACAAGAUUAGGUACCUAUCAUACCCAUAAAAAAUUAAAUGUUGAAGAUCCAUACUAUGGCACCCUUAAAGAUUUCCAUAUUUGCUAUAAUCAUAUCCAUGAUUGUUUAACAAAUUUCUUAAAAGACAUUGACCAAAAAGAAACAAAUAAAUAA